UAGUUUGUAUGCUUGUUUGUUUGUGUCCUGAUUUAGUUAGCUAUAAAAACACCAAUUCUUGAAACAUAGUUCCUCACACUUCAAUUCACACCUACUUUAUAUAUAGAUUACUCAUUGGAUAAAAGAUUGUAGCACAAUAUGACUAUCACUGCUACGCCGGUUAUCAAGAAUGGCUGCCUCACGGUCAGGGGUAAAGUUGUCCUAACCGGAGUUCCAGAAAAUAUCUUCGUUUCUCCGGCAAAUGCAGGAUCAGCUUUCGUCGGAGCCAACUCAACCGCAUCGAGUUCUCGCCAUGUCUUCAAUCUUGGAGUUCUCGAAGAUUGCAAGUUCGUGUGUCUUUUCAUAGCCAAGAUAUGGUGGAUGAUACCGCGAAUUGGAAAAUCGGGUAGCGAAAUCCCGAUGGAAACUCAGAUGCUUCUAUUGGAAGUAGGAGAAGAAUCCGUGUUCAGUGCAUCGGACGUAGAAGCUUCGUUCGAGGCAGCGAACGAGAAUAAGUUUUACGUUCUCGUUUUGCCAGUGCUUGAUGGAGCUUUUAGGACAACUCUACAAGGGACUCCAUCAAAUGAUCUCCAAUUCUGCUAUGAAAGUGGUGAUCCUGAAAUUCAGACUAGUGAAGCAUUGGAGGGUGUUUUUGUCAAUUCUGGGGACAACCCUUUUGAGCUCAUUAAGGAUUCAAUUAAGAUAUUGGCCAAGCAUAAAGGUACAUUUAGCCACCUUGAGACCAAAAAGACACCAGCACAUUUAGACUGGUUUGGUUGGUGUACAUGGGAUGCUUUUUACACUGAAGUGACUCCAAAUGGAAUCAAAGAGGGUCUUCAGAGCUUCAAAGAUGGAGGGAUUUCUCCAAAGUUCUUGAUCAUAGACGACGGUUGGCAAGAAACGGAAAACGAAUACCGGAAAGAAGGCGAGCCCGAAAUCGAAGGAAUACAGUGUGCAACAAGAUUAACUGGUAUCAAAGAGAACAGCAAAUUUAAGGGAGAAGAAUCAGAUGGUUCAACCACAAAUCUCAAAGAGUUGAUACAUCACAUCAAAGAGAAUUAUGGACUUAAGUAUGUAUACAUGUGGCACGCUCUAGUCGGAUACUGGGGCGGACUAUUAACUUCAUCCGAGCCACUAAAGAAGUACAACCCGAAGCUCGUGUAUCCGGUACAAUCACCCGGAAAUAUCGGGAAUAUCCGAGACAUAGCCAUGGACAUAGUCGAGAAGUACGGAGUCGGAAUAAUCGACCCUGAAAAGAUCUUCGACUUCUACAACGACAUGCAUAGCUAUCUUGCUGAUAGUGGUGUGGAUGGCGUUAAGGUUGAUGUCCAGAACAUUCUAGAAACUCUAGGAUCCGGGUACGGUGGAAGAGUGUCCAUUACUAAAAAGUACCACGAAGCGCUCGACGAAUCCAUCGAACAAAAUUUCAAGGACAACAAUUUGAUUUGUUGCAUGUGUCACAAUUCAGACUCGAUUUUCAGUUCCAAGAAUAGCGCAACCGCUAGGGCCUCGGAGGAUUUCAUGCCGAACGAGCCGACUUUUCAGACGUUGCAUAUUGCAUCGGUGUCGUUCAAUAGUCUUCUCUUGGGCGAAGUCGUGGUCCCGGAUUGGGAUAUGUUCCAUAGCAACCAUAGCACGGCCGAAUUCCACGGUGCGGCGAGAGCGAUAGGGGGUUGUCCCGUUUACGUAAGUGACAAGCCAGGCAAACAUGAUUUCAAGAUACUUAGGAAACUUGUUCUUCCCGAUGGAUCCGUCUUGAGGGCUCGAUAUUCCGGAAGGCCUACACGAGACUGCCUAUUCGUCGAUCCUGUCAUGGAUGGCAAGAGCUUGCUAAAGAUAUGGAACUUGAAUAAGCUAACUGGAGUAGUAGGUGUUUUCAACUGCCAAGGAGCAGGCACUUGGCCAAUGAAACAGCCACUCGAAUCGACCGAAAACUCCGCUAAAACGACAGCCACAUCUAUCACAGGCCGUGUUAGUCCAUUAGACGUAGAAUUUCUCGACGAAAUUACCAGCGAAAACUGCACCGGAGACUUUGCUAUAUAUGCAUUCAACUCAGGAUCUCUUACCACAGUGGCAAAGAACAAAACCGUCGAAGUUUCUUUAGACGUAUUGCAAUGCGAGAUAUUCACCGUCUCCCCGAUAAAGGAACUCAACGAAAAUGUCAAAUUUGCCCCUAUUGGCUUGAUUAACAUGUACAACUCGGGAGGAGCAGUCGUGGAAUGCAUUUAUAACGACACAAUCACGAUCAAGGCCAAAGGGGCCGGAUUAUUCGGAGCAUACUCGAGCGUUAAACCGAGUUCUUGCAAAGUUGAUAACAAAAACGAGGAUUUCACGUAUGGUUCCGAGACUGGAUUGUUGACGAUAAAUCUUCAAACCGAAGGCAGCUUCAAAGACAUUGAGAUAGUGUAUUAACGCAGUUUUCGUGCAAGUUAAUCGGCAUUUCAAGAUAUAACUAUAUUCUAGUUUCUAUGCGGGACUCUCGUUUUAUUUGUUUUUUUUUACCCGUUUUCGGGUUCGUUUUAGGCUCUGUUGGAUUCGUGUUUUCGUUUUGAAAUAUGUGAUGCUUUCAUAUUCACAUUGUUCAUUAGAAGUUACUUGAUGUACUUGGGAAUAAUUUAUGAAGUCAGUUAACUGCAUUUGCUAAUUAGAUUUUAAUUCUUGAAGAAUAUUUA